UGUUGGUGGUAGAGGUGGUGAGUGUGGGAUGCCUGUCAGAGCUUCAGCCUCAGCGUGGAGCGACGAUAAUUCCUCUUUAUUUUCUUAUUAAUAUAACUCACCAUGACUUAACAUAUAGCAACCUUUGUAGCUCCAGCAACAUCACCAUGGCAGAAGUAAUUGAUCUUUCAGAUGAUGACGUUGUGAUUGAAGAAAUUCCCAGAAGGAAGGAACCAAGUGGUGUGAAGCGGCCAUUUCGUUGUCUUAACUCAGACUGCCGUACAGAGAAGGAUUUAAUUCGUGCUGAAGAUUAUGUUCGUAGAUACUUUGGGGUGCUUUCAUACCCAAAGAAAAAAAGAGUAUGUACAAAUUGUCUCAAGGAAGCCAAAUCUCAGCAGGAUUAUUUGGUUGACACGUUACGUGCAGGACGGCUGUUGCUGGCGGAGAAACUUCCGCCCCCAAAGACCACUGUUGUGCUCACCGACUCUGAUUCAGACCCCUCUGACAAUAAUUCCGGUAGUGAAGACAUAGACAUUGAGUAUGAAUGUGAGGAUGGCAAGAGCAUGGAGGAAGUUGUGGCCGACCUGACUAGGAAACUCGGCUUAGACAAACAAAUUAUAAAUGGCAUCAAGCACUUGGAGGAGCGACUCUUGGCUGUACAAGAAGGCUUUGAGAAACUGCAUACUGAAGAGUAUUCAAAAGUUGAAGGCGGUCUCGACACAGUGCGCAAAGAUUUCUACAAUAACUUUCGUCCAGAAAUUAUGUGGCAGCCAGCUUUGGAUAUUGGGCCAUCAAGUACCAUUUUGCAGCAAGAUGGUACUGGAGAGGUUAUUGCAGAGCCUUCUGUCUUCGUACCAAAUGAGAACUUACCUCCAGUUGGGCCCUUGAACCGAUGGGAGCUACAACCAAAUGAGCUUGUGUAUUCAAUGAAAUAUUCCCUCUUCGCUCGCUGGGUGCAGGCACAGGUCAUUGAAGUGGAAAGACGAGAACCCAAGAACACAACUUACAAAAUUCGGUACAAUCGCAAUGCCAAAGGCUCAGGGCUUCCUCGAAUCAUGCCAGGACGCCAGCUAGCAUAUAUUAAUCCAUGUGCUACACGUAUUCCAGUUGGUACUCGUGUUAUAGCGAAGUACAGAGAUGAUGACCCCAAAAAUACUACAAUUUCUGGCUCCUUUUACGUGGGUGUGGUAGCAGAGAUUCCUACUGCAGCCAACAAAUAUAGAUACCUCAUCUUUUUCGAUGACGGAUAUGCCCAGUAUGUGCUUCAUCAUGAUAUCCGUGUUGUCACAGAAAGUUCUGUUUGUCCAUGGGAGGAUGUGUCCUCUGACUCUCGGGAAUUCAUCAAAGAGUAUUUGCAGAUGUACCCAGAGAGACCAAUGGUGCGCCUUCAGAAGUGGAAUUAUGUCAAAACAGAAUGGAAUGGGAGGUGGUGGAAGGCACAGGUGAAAGAAGUUGAUGGGUCACUGGUCAAAAUGUUUUUCCCCUUGGAUGGACGAUCUGAGUGGAUCUACAGAGGAUCAACGCGGUUAAGCCCACUUUUCAACAAAAAGUUAAAUAUUCAAGCUCAGGCUGAGCAACCUCUCAGGACUAUCCGUCGACGUACAGCGGCUCUUCCUGGAAGAGCUGUGGUGGAAUAUGGAACAUUUGGUCAGGGACAAGAUGUGGACCCAGGUUUGACUGGUAAGUAUGCAGAACCAUCUGUCACUGAAACCCCCGGCGAGCGCAGGGCUGUUGCCCGUAAGAGCACAUCGUCUAGACCGGGCACUCCACCGAGAGAUGUGCAACUCAAAGUUGAACAAGAGUCUAAGGGCUUCACAAAUAAACAUUCCUUCCAAGAAAAGGUUAUAAAACUGGUCUCACACACUUGUACAGACAAGUGCCUGGGCACAGCGGGAGAUAGUAUGGACAAGCACAAGGGACUUUCUCCCCUCCUAUACCCUCUUCUCUUCGGCUGGCACAGACAAGUUGUAAAGCAGCGUCGCAAGACUGUUUCCAGAAAUGAAAUCUAUUAUGUGGGACCCUGUGGACGGCGCCUACGCACAAUAGAGGAAGUUUUUAGAUACCUCCAGGAAACAGAGUCCAGCUUGGAGAUUGACUGUUUCUCGUUUGAGCUGAACAUAGACGUGUCUCAUGAGUGGGAACCAUUUAAAAAGAUAGUGAACAUAGAGGACAUGUCCAAAGGUGAAGAGAAUGUUCAAAUUUCCUGUGUGAACUCCUUGGAUGACACUGCCCCACAAACGUUGAUAUACUGCAAUGUUCGGCUGCCUACAGAACAUGUCCCUCUUAAUCUUGAUCCUGAGUUCCUUAUUUGUUGUGACUGCAAGGAUGAUUGCCAGGAUAAAUCUAAGUGUGCUUGUUGGCAAUUGACCAUAGAAGGAACUGGUAUCCUUGAACGAAACGAGAACCAGACCGCUGGCUACCACUACCGUCGCUUAUUCGAACAAGUUCAGAGUGGAAUAUAUGAAUGUAACUCGAGGUGCAGAUGCAGCAAUCAUUGUUUGAAUCGUGUGGUUCAGCACCCACUGAGACUAAAGCUUCAACUUUUCAAGACUGCAAGGCGAGGGUGGGGUGUUAGAACACUGCACGACAUCCCCAGAGGAGGCUUCAUCUGUGUUUAUGUUGGCAGGAUGUUAAACGAGACUAAAGCAAAUGAGGAUGGAAAGACCAUUGGAGGAGAUGACUACUAUGCAGAGUUGGAUUAUAUUGAAGUGAUGGAAAAUGCUAAAGAGGGAUAUGAGGAAGAAGCAUCCACACCAGAUAUAAAUGAAAAUAAUUUCCAAGGAGAAGACAGAAAUAUUGGAGGAUCAGACAGUAAUGAAAGUGAUGGCUUCUACAGUGAAAAUGAAAUUGACAACCCUAAAGAAGACAGUGACUUCAACCAACCAUCUCAUAUAAAAAAGAUUGGGUUCACAAAGCGGGAAAAAUCUGCUCGCCUUCAAGAACGUGCCAAGCGCAAGAAACAUUCACCAUCAGAUCCUGGUAAGGAAGAAGGCGGCAGUGGUUCUGGCUCAGCAGCUGCAUCAGAUGAAGAACCAAUUAAAGGACGCAAGAAGAAGACAGAAACAAAUGAAAAGACUACUGGAAAGGAAAAUGGAAAAAAUAGUGACAGCAAUAAUAAAAAGAAAGAGAGUUCAAAGGACAAGAGAGAAAACUCAGAUAGUUCAGAUGAUUUAGAGGAUCAGUCAGAUGAUGGAGAAGAUGAAGCUGAUGAAAAACAGCGCCAACCACAGAAUUUUGUACCAAGUCAGCUCUUGGCAUCGGCCAACCCAAUUAAGGCAAACCAGAGUGUGCGUGAAUAUUUUGGAAAGGAUGAGGCUGUAUACAUCAUGGAUGCCAAGCACACUGGUAACAUUGGCCGCUUUCUUAACCAUUCUUGUGAACCAAAUGUAUUUGUCCAGAAUGUUUUUGUGGAUACUCACGACCUGAGAUUCCCCUGGGUUGCUUUCUUUGCCAUCAUCAACAUUCGGGCAGGUACAGAACUCACCUGGGAUUAUAACUAUGAAGUUGACAGUGUCCCUGGCAAGAUAAAGUAUUGCUAUUGUGGAGCUCGAAAGUGCCGCGGGAGACUUUUGUAAGGUGUAUUUAAUUGAGUUUUAAAAUAAAGUAUAUUUAUUUAUAUUCAGUUUCUCACGUGUUCAUAUGGAUAACUUGUUGAUACUGUUUGACAGCUAUGCAUAAAGAAGCAUUUGUUAAUAGGAUCUCCUUCCCCUUUUUUGUGGUGAGAGGUGAUUAAGAAUCCUUCCCUAUUUUUUAGUCAAAAGGUAAUUAUCUUUCUUUCUUUCAACACACCAGCCGUAUCCCACCGAGGCGGGGUGGCCCAAAAGGAAAAACGAAAGUUUCUCCUUUUACAUUUAGUAAUAUAUACAGGAGAAGAGGUUACUAGCCCCUUGCUCCCGGCAUUUUAGUCGCCUCUUACAACACGCAUGGCUUACGGAGGAAGAAUUCUGUUCCACUUCCCCAUGGAGAUAAGAGGAAAUAAACAAGAAUAAGAACUAGAAAGAAAAUAGAAGAAAACCCAGAGGGGUGUGCAUAUAUGUGCUUGUACAUGUAUGUGUAGUGUGACCUAAGUGUAAGUAGAAGUAGCAAGACGUACCUGAAAUCUUGCAUGUUCAUGAGACAGAAAAAAGGACACCAGCAAUCCUACCAUCAUGUAAAACAAUUACAGGCUUUCGUUUUACACUCACUUGGCAGGACGGUAGUACCUCCCAAGGUAAUUAUAACCCCUUUAAUAUUUUUACUUUUUUUUUUUUUUAUACUUUUUGUAGUCAGAGCUGAUUGAUGCCAAGUUGUAAAUUUGUGUGGUGGCCACUACAAAGCUCUUGAGAUUUUUUAGUGUUAUUCCAAAGUGCGUGUGAUCUGUUAGCAUUAAUAUUUAAUUGAUGCAAAUAUUGAAUCGGACUAAGAUAUUGCUGUAGAGACUACAAGUAUCAUGCAAUAUUAAUGAAGUAUGAUUUUAAGCUGAACAUGACGACUUGAGUAAUGACAGUUAAGUAUGAAUGUAUAUAUUUUAUAUAUAUAUAUACAUAUACCUAAAUUUUUUACUAUUUCAUUCUAAAAUACAUUUACUUUUUAUGUUGCUCUAAAUAAGACAUUGUUUAGUCAAGUCCUGUGUUUUAACACAGUGUUAUAUUUAGCUUUUAUGUUUACUAAAUAAAUGGUGAGUUUUAGCAGGAACAUGAAAUAGGUUGUUCUUGCAUCUAUGUUCUCUACCCUAUAUCAAGGUUUUCUUUCCUGAUUUUUUUUUUUUACCACCAUUGCAUUGCUAGUCUUAUUUUGCUAAAAACUGUCAGAUAUGAAUUAUAAUAAACAACUCAAACAUU